AUGGACGGUACUGAUCAUACAGAGCUCAUAACACGACUUCAGGGUCAACUGGAGCAGCAAACCCAGAUGAUUCGUCAGCAACAGGAGGCACAUCAGAAACUCGUGGCAAAAAUAGCCCAACUUAAAGAAAGACGGCCGGAGGCGACAGAGGAUAAUAGCCACACUGGCAAUCACAAUAAUGGCCACCACAACAGCCGAAAUAAUCGCCACCAUGACGAUAGCGGUCCUCCUCCGCGAUCACCUGAACUGCUACCAUUCACUGAAGAGAUUAUGCAAGCCAUAAUGACCGAUCGACCACCCCCUCAAAUUGAAAAAUUUGACGGGACGACAGAUCCAGAACACCAUCUCCGAAACUUCAUCGACUCCAUGGCUUUCUACUCCAACAAUGAUCCAGUCAAAUGCAGGGCCUUCUCCCUAUCUCUCAAAGACGAAGCCCUAGAAUGGUACUAUACUCUUCCUCCAAACUCUGUUGACAGUUUUUAUACUGUCACCACGCUCUUCAAGAGGCAAUUCUCUGCCAACCGGAGGGAAAGGGUGUCCGCUGCCGAACUCGUCAAUCUCAAACAAGGGAGAGACGAACCAUUGAGGACAUUCAUGCGCAGAUAUUCGGAGACUGCUAGGAGAGUGAAGGGUGUCUCCCAUGAAUUCAUUAUCAACAACCUCCCCAACUACCUCAAGCCAGGAUUUGUCUCGGAAAAUCUGUAUGCCAAAUUGCCGAAAACUAUGGAAGAAUUACAAGAAAAAAUGAACAAAUUCAUCGAAAUGGAGGACCAACGACAUUACCGGAAGAAGAUCGAAGCUCCGGUCACAGAUGCUAAAUGUGAUGAUAGACGAACGGGUGACAGGGGUCGUAAUCAAAGGCCCCACCGGAGAGAACUAAAAGCCCCGCUCGGUCCUCGAUAUGACCAUUAUACACACCUUUCAGCUCCAAGGGAAAAGAGACAGGCCAACGGGGACGUUCCCCCAGAAAGUUUAGAAGAAGUCCCGAACCUUCGCGCUGAAAACCCGAACGUCCUCGUGAGCGUUCGAGAAGCAGAUCCAGAAAGCGAGACACGACCCCAAAAGGGUCGCGUUGGCACCAUCUCAAGAGGCUUUGUCGGGGGAGGAGCCUCAUCUUCUGCUUGCAAGAGACACUUGCGGAACUUGCGUAACGUCCACACAAUAGCCCGGAAUCCUUUGUCAAUGCCGGACAUCACCUUUACCGACAGGGAUUUUCAUGCCCCGGACCCGGAACAGGAUGAUCCUAUGGUCAUUAAGGCCCGAAUUGCGGAGUAUGAUGUGAGCAAAGUCCUAAUCGACCAAGGAAGUUCUGUCAACAUUCUAUACUGGACAACAUUCCAGAAGAUGGCCCUGGCAGAGGAGGCCAUAACACCCUUUCACGAGCAGAUUGUCGGUUUUGCAGGAGAACGCGUCGACACCCGGGGAUACCUCGACCUGAGGACCCGCCUGGGUACCGGUGACCAAUCCAAAGAAAUCCGUGUGCGCUUCUUGUUAGUGGAAGCCAAUACUUCAUACAAUGCUCUUCUCGGACGUCCAUGCCUGAACGCCUUCGGAGCAAUUGUAUCAACUCCUCAUUUGGCGAUGAAGUUCCCAUCCGGAAGAGGCGAAAUAUGCACCGUUCGAGCAUAUCAGAAAACCGCUCGGCAAUGUUACACAGCCUCCUUAAAAGCCACGACAUACAGAAAAGAGAGAAGGCCUGAAGCCAUACUGGUCGACCUAGACCCGAGGACCAACACAGAUGACCGGAUUCAACCCCAGGGGGAGAUCAAAUCGUUCGUCCUGGGGAAGAAUGAUGAACAGAUUACUAACAUAGGAGCUGACCUCACUCUUGUGGAUGAAAGCAACCUCGCCACACUGUUAUGA